CGGAGCUCGGUUUUUACAUUCAUAUAGUAGGCGGGGUCAGCUCCAGUUACCAAUAGGUGUGGACCUACGGCGUUACCAGGGAAACGGUUUACGAGGCUGGAAGACGCUAGGAGACGGUGGAAGGCAGCAGCAGAUAGGCUAACGGGUAUCAUGCUAGCAGGCUAAUGGGAUCCACAGCGAUCUUAAAUUUUUAAAACAGUCGUUCACCUUAAAUAUUAAACGUUACGCUCUGCGGUUGAUUUGCGGUUACCCUCCCCCCUCCGUCUGCCGGAGUGAGAGCAAGCAUGGCAGCAGCGGUGUCCCGCUAGUUAGCAGCUUAGCACGCUAUCUGGCGAGCUAAUCAGAAUUGUAUACCAAUCACAGUUUCUCCCUGAGCACCGGUCUCGGCGAGGCCGCUCGACAGUGGAUGAGCUUGGGUCCAGGGAUAAAACGAGGACUGCGGCUGCCGACCGGGAUGGAUGUGAGUUAACAGCUGGAGUACUGGGACGGUGUGGCCCAGAUCUGUGGAUCUCUGUGGUUUACCCCAAGAGCAGCCCCCUUCCCCUGGGACAAGGGGGACGGCAAAGCUUCACGCCGCUGCUCAGGCCCGGGCUCCGGGAUGAGAUGAGGCUCGGGUACCGGUUAACCAGGUGGGCUGCCCUCUCGUACAGCAGGAGGUCCGGUGGUGAGCUCAAACUCAUUGAUCAUGAAGCGGCUCUUUAUGCAGCUUCAGCCUGCGGUUACUCUCUCGCUCAUGUGAUGGAGACCACGCUCUGUGCCUGACAACAAACGGCAGCUCUUUGAUGCUGGAUGCGCGUUCGGGAUGGACGUGUGCUGUAGGAACCCGAACCGGACGGCGCCGGUCGGUGAGGACGGCCCACGGCGAGCUGACGUGCUGCUCUGCUCUCGGACCAACGGUUGGAGCUGGCCUCCGCACCCCUUUCAGCUGCUCGCCUGGCUGCUCUACAUCUACUUUGCCGUCACCGGGUUUGGCAUAUUCGUCCCCCUGCUGCCUGCACAUUGGAUCCCUGCGGGCUACAUCUGUACGGGCAUCAUGUUUGUGUGUCACCUGUUUGUCCACGUCAUGGCCGUGUCCAUCGAUCCAGCCGACUACAAUGUCAGAGCGAAGAGCGUCCGAGGCCCGGUCCCCGUGUUCGACCGCUCCAAACACGCGCACGUCAUCGAGAACUGCCACUGCUACCUGUGCCAGGUCGAAGUGGGACCGAAGUCGAAACAUUGUAGCGCCUGUAACAAGUGUGUGGCGAACUUCGACCAUCACUGCCGGUGGCUCAACAACUGUGUGGGCAGCAGGAACUAUAAGUUGUUCCUCCACAGUGUGAUCUCAGCUCUUUUGGGAGUUUGUCUCAUUCUUGUUGUUGCCUCCUACGUCUUCAUCGAGUUCUUUCUGGACCCCACUAAACUCCGCACCGACAAACACUUUCUGGUGAGGAAUGAGACAGGUGUGUGGUUCGUCUUCCUGCCCGUCGCGCCUCUCCGGUCAGCUGCACCGGUGAUUCCCGUCCUGGCUGCCAUCACAAUCGCUCUGGGUCUUCUGUCCUGCGUGUUGCUCUGCCACUUGCUUUGUUUCCACAUCUACCUGAUGUGGAACAGGCUCAGUACGUACGAGUACAUAGUGAGGCAGCGCCACCGUGUGGACAACAGAGACUUGAGGAAACCGGGAUCUGUGAAAGAGACGGCAGCUCCUUCAGUCCUCAAGGAUGUGAACUACUCAGGGACUCUGGGUUACACCAACCCUCAGCUGGACGUGCAGGAACCUACUGCUGUGGCCGUGCGAGGAGAGGCAGAGUUCCUUGCUAAUGGUAGAGUGAGGACUAUGUCCAGUCCUGUCAUGGAGGAAGAAGCUCCGCCCACUGUCUCUUCAGAGAUGAAAGCCAUAGCGGCACACACACAUCGACACACACAGAAGAAAAAGAAGAAGAAGGUACGUAAAGUCCCAGCAGAGGUGACCAGAGAGCGCUGCCCAGCCACAGCCCCGCCUCCCGCAGAGCCCAGCAAUGUGUCCACUGUGUCCUUGGGUCAGCGGCUUCCUUUCCCAGCAUUCCCCCUGAGGGCCACGCUGCCCCCCUUGGCCCCCACUUCAGGCCCCGUCCAGGCUGCCGCCCCUCCCGCCGAGUACCACUCAGAUUCUGCUGAGUCUCUGGAGGAGAUCCCGGUGGCGUUGGCCAAACUGGGCUCUUCGGCCUCUGCUGCUACAGCAGACACGUCUUCACACAGGCCUGUCCCGGCAUUCCCUCUGCCCUCACCACAGCCCAGGACUAAAAGGAAGGGCGCCUCCUCCCGCGCUAAGAACGCGGCGGAGCUGAGGUUCGAGAUGGCCACCACGCACCUUCCCUCAGUGUUCGUUAGCCGGGCGAGCGGAGAGGCCACUGAGCCCCUAGAGGAAGUCCUCAGCCUGGGCAGGAGGAAGACUGGACUGAGGCCCAGACCCGGGUCCAGACCAGCGUCCCGGGCAUCGCUGGGCUCAGGCGCUCCCUCUUGGAUGGAGCAGUAAUAAAGCAGACUGCUACUCUUUAUCUUUUUACAAUCACUUACUGGCACAGCUAUUUUACUUUUAUUCUGAAGGGUUUAUAUUGCUCUAUUUAUUGAUUUACUUUAAUUUUGAACGCCAAAGCUGACUUCCUGUUUAGGUCUCGGUAAAUGAAGUGUUUGUGGAUGUUUGUGUGUCUGUUCCUGUGGAGACUUUAUGGACACCUCCCAAUUGUUUUUUACUGUUUCCUGUCAAUCGGUCCUCUGCUACUUAACCUGGUCUCCAUGGUAACUGUGGGCCACAGAGACACCAGGUGCUUAAGAGUUUAAAUUUGAACCCCAAAAAGGCCAAUAAUGAGUCAAUGAAGUCAUCAGUAACUAAUCCGAUAAGUACCACUAAGCUAGAAAAUGAAGCUCAAAGCUUCAGCAAUUACAUCUUAUUUUAUUUAUCUUAUGUGAAAUCUGUAAUUUGGAGUUUCUGACACUCGUCAUUUUUCAGCCAAUCACAAAUGCUUUAAACGUCUGCCGGUUGUGUAGCUUCCACCCGCUGCUACACUGCAAACUGCGACACCAGGUUGAAUCCUAUUAAAGGAGCACUUCAGCAUUUAGUUCAUUCCAGAUAUCGAACAUCUGAAUUGGUGAUCUUUAGUUUUCUUAACUGGAAGCUAACAGGCUGUUGCUGCGUAGGUAGUGUGCAGCGUGGGCGUGGGAUCAGAGAAAAUGUCACCACGUAGCUCUUUCAGCCGUCACGUGUGAAUGAAGCAGCAUAAAGACAUGAAAGCUUAGAACGGCUCUUUCUUAACAGGAAUCAAGUUUUUCAGUAAAUGUUGAACCGCUCCUUUAAAUGUUUCAUUUUUUCCGACUCCUCCUGAAGUCUGUGUGCAGCUGGACAUGCUGAGGAUGCUUCACCUGUCAGCUGAUUUAACAAUAAAGAAUGAAAGCUGGUGCAUUUGUUACACGUUUAUAUCCAGAUGCUGGUCCGGAGAUUUAAUUCUUCUUCGUUUGCUGCACUUUCAGCUGUGCCUGCUUGUUCAUUCCUGAAGAGUCAUGACAGCAACUGGGUUUUCAGAUCAGAGCCACAGUAAUUAGUUGAUUAAGAAGCCUAAAAUCAAUCAAUUAAUUCAUAAAAAUCUUCUGUAGCCUCAUCAACACACAUGACUACGAUAAAGCAUUAAGCUACAAAUUUUGGUUUUGUAUAUGUAAAUGAGUACUCCAUCCACAUAAAAAGAAGAAAUUAAAUGCAAAUGAAGAUUUAAGCUUGUAUCCUGCUAGUGAAGCACUCAGAGUAUAGAAACAUGUAUAUAAAAGAUGGGCACACACCAUGACGUCACUCUGUUCUGUGAACCUUUUUCUCACUGUUUUAAGCUUUGAUUUGAGCAUUUUUGUGAUUGCUGUCUUUUUUAUUUGGAGUCACAAGUGACCAAAAUUGUUAAAUAAAUUUGAAAUAACAUGUAAUUUCAAA